CUCCCACCGUUUUUAGGACCCUGCGGAAACUCUUUCGGUCUGACGUCCUCUGCGGCGCCGCGUUAGAGCCCCAGUGAGCUACCGGGGCCGGAGUGAGGGAGAGAGAGAGACAGAGAGAGAGAGAGAGCGGCCGCGGAGGGAAGACGGGACGGGGCAGCGCGCAAGCGACUUCCGGAGGGGGGCUCAGGCCUGGGGCCGGCGAAACGGGGAGAAGGAGGACCUGAAGGACGGAAGGUGGAUCAGCAACAUCGCUCCAGAACUUUAUUUCUUUCUCAUCCGCGUUCAUUUCUAAAUGCAUCGCAAGUAGUCGGGUUUAGUUUCGAUGAUGCCGUCCAACGCCGCCGCUCUCACCCCCGAGUUCAAAACGUCUGACGUGGACUGUGACGCGGCAGCGAAGAAAGCGAGUUCAGAGCAGGAACAGGAAGUGUCUGAGGUCAUGCAGAAAGAGGCUGUUGUGGACAUGCCAUCUCGCAGAGUCGGGCGUCCUGCUCGCAAACGCAAACCUCCCACGGUGAACAGCUGUGAGUCCCUGAAUGAGGGUGUGGUCUACGUGAAGGAGGCGGAGUGUAACGGUGAGAACGAGAGGAGGGUUUCCCAGGGUGCUCUACAUGGGCAUGACUCUUCCUCCGACUCCUCCCACCGGAACGGCUCGGACAAGGCCGAUCAAGAGGAAAGCUCCGCCCCCUCCACACCACGGAAAAAACGUGGGCGGCGGAAACGCAAGCACCCAGAAAAACAUGUGGAGGAUGAUGGCAGCAGCAGCAGUGAUAACAGUAGAGGAGAGGGUGACAGUGGACGUGUGCGGACUCGUGAGGGAAGAGACAUCAGCCUCCGGCGCAAAACUGUACCUCCAACCAUCUUCCAGGCCGGAGACCCUUAUCACAUGAGCAAGAAAGAGAGAGAGGAGCUGCUUGCCCACUUUAAGAAAGAGCUCACCCAGCCAAGUGUAGAGGAGGCCUCUGGAUCUAAUCAUGGCCUGGAAGAGAAGAAGGCUCACCUGAUGCCACUCACCAACGACACCAUGGCUGACCAAUCAGAAGACGACACCCUGAGAAACGAAGAGCAGCUGGCUGUCCCACCCACUCCUGCACCACAGACUCCGCCCCCUCAGCAGCAGCACACAGACCCCGCUUCACCCACAGUCGCCACAACGCCUGAGCCUUCUGUCCCGGUCCCUGUUGCUUGUGGUAACAAAGAUCUGCGCAAGUCGGUGGAGGCGGAGCCAGAAUAUGAUGAUGGACGUGGCUUCGGGAUCGGAGAACUGGUCUGGGGGAAGCUGCGCGGGUUCUCUUGGUGGCCCGGCCGCAUCGUCUCCUGGUGGAUGACGGGACGCAGUCGAGCUGCAGAGGGAACCAGAUGGGUCAUGUGGUUUGGCGAUGGAAAAUUCUCAGUGGUCUGUGUGGAAAAACUGUUGUCCUUGAGUUCGUUUUCUACUGCCUUUCAUCAGCCUACCUACAGCAAACAGCCCAUGUACAGAAAAGCUAUCUAUGAGGUGCUACAAACGGCCAGUACACGGGCGGGGAAGCCUUUCCCAGUGUGUGUGUCAACUGAUGAAUCUGACACGGGGAAGAGUGUCGAGCUGCAGACCAGAGAGAUGAUCGAGUGGGCAAGUGGAGGAUUUCUGCCUACUGGGGCCAAAGGACUGGAGCCACCACCUGCUGAGAGGAACCCCUACACUGAAGUGUACCCUGAAAUGUGGGUGGAGCCAGAAGCUGCAGCAUACACAGCUCCGCCUACCAAGAAAACUAGAAAGAGCAGUUUGGAAAAACCUAAAAUUAAAGAGAUUAUAGAUGAAGGAACCAGAGAGAGGCUUUUAUACGAGGUACGCCAAAAGUGCAGGAAUAUCGAAGAUAUGUGUAUAUCCUGUGGAAGUCUGAACGUGUCGCUUGAACAUCCUCUAUUCAUCGGAGCCAUGUGCCAGAGCUGCAAGAACUGUUUCCUGGAGUGUGCGUAUCAGUACGAUGACGACGGUUACCAGUCCUACUGCACUAUCUGCUGUGGUGGGAGAGAGGUCCUGAUGUGUGGAAACAACAACUGCUGCAGGUGCUUCUGUGUGGAGUGUGUAGAUUUACUGGUUGGUACCGGUUCAGCGCAGGCUGCUAUAAACGAAGACCCGUGGAACUGCUACAUGUGCAGCAGUAAAGGUGUGUUUGGAAUACUCCGGCGCAGAGACGACUGGACAUCGCGCCUCCAGCUGUUCUUCGCCAACAACCAUGACCAGGACUUUGAUCCUCCUAAGAUUUACACACCUGUAGCAGCAGAGAAAAGGCAGCCAAUCAGAGUGCUCUCUCUGUUCGACGGCAUUGCUACAGGUCUGUUGGUGCUAAAGGACCUGGGCAUCCAGGUGGAGCGCUAUGUGGCAUCCGAGGUGUGCGAGGACUCCAUUACAGUUGGGAUGGUGAGACACCAGGGCCGGAUCAUAUAUGUGGGCGACGUCCGCAAUGUGACACAUAAACACAUUCAAGAUUGGGGUCCUUUUGACCUGGUGAUAGGUGGCAGCCCCUGCAAUGAUCUUUCCAUCGUCAACCCAGCCAGGAAAGGACUCUUUGAGGGCACAGGACGACUCUUUUUCGAGUUUUACCGCUUGCUACACGAGGCUCGACCUAAAGAAGGAGAUGAGCGGCCGUUCUUCUGGCUCUUCGAGAACGUCGUGGCCAUGGGAGUGAGCGACAAGAGAGACAUCUCACGCUUCCUCGAGUGCAACCCAGUGAUGAUCGAUGCCAAGGAGGUGUCCGCCGCCCACCGCGCCCGCUACUUCUGGGGCAACCUGCCUGGCAUGAACAGGCCGUUAACUGCGAUGGCGAACGAUAGGCUCGACCUGCAGAACUGUCUGGAACAUGGACGCACAGCCAAGUUCGAUAAGCUGAGAACCAUUACAACUCGCUCUAACUCCAUCAAACAGGGCAAAGACCAGCACUUCCCUGUCUUCAUGAAUAACAAGGAGGACAUCCUCUGGUGCACUGAGAUGGAAAGGUAUGGAUGGCUGGAUGGAUGGACGGACGGAUGGACGGACGAAGAAAGAGACAGGGUGUUUGGAUUUCCUGUCCACUACACGGACGUGUCCAACAUGAGUCGUCUGGCCAGGCAAAGACUCCUAGGGAGGUCGUGGAGCGUCCCGGUGAUCCGGCACCUGUUCGCGCCGCUGAAGGAAUACUUCGCCUGUUACUGAAGCCCCGCCCCUCCGAGUCACACCGUGCCAUCCCACGACUCGCUUCGCACCUUCAAUUGCAUAACAACCAAGCUCCACCCCUUUUUACAUUUUGUUUGGUAGUUGCCUGACGACUUACCGGUGCUAUUCAUCAAAAACAAACGGUUUAUCUGACAACACGUGUCAGUUUUACAUGUUGGCUAUUUAUUGAGGACUUUUUUUGUUUUACAGACUUUUGAAGUCAUUUACAUUUAAAUGUCAGAACGAUCGACAUUUCAUCUGUGAUCACAGCUUCUCUGAUGAAAGAGAGACAUGCCUGCAUGAGCGUGUGGAUGCCAGAGUGUGUUGUGUCUGUAAUCGUGUGUAUGUGUGUGUGUGGGGGGGGGGUGGGGUCGGGUCGGGUCGGGGUGUUAGGGUUGGUUGUCUCUUCGAGCACAAAGGACAUUUGAGGGUCAUGGCAUCUUUGAAAACUAAACCCACAAACACACACUGUUCUGGUGCCAUUUACAUAUUUUACCUGUAGUCAAAUGGUGCAAACACACACACACACACACACACACACACACACACACACACACACACACACACAAGCUGAUACACUGUUUACAGUCAUGUCAUGGUACUACACAACUACUCGACAGCUCAAUGCUGAUACAACAACGGUGCUCUCUCUCUCUCGCUUUCUCUCCCUUCCUCCCGCUUUUCUUCUACAUCUCCAGCACAAAUCCCUUCUCGUUUCCCUUCUACCUCUUUUUUACCUCUUUCUCCCUUUCAUGUUUUCCUUUCUUGCUCACCCGCUUGCUCCUUAUUUUUCCUCGGUUUCUUUCUCCCUUGUUUCUUUGUCUUCUGUCUUUCCCAUUGAUCUCAUUCACUUUUCCCGAGUCUCCUCUGUAGGUCUCCUGCUCUGUCAGCAAUACUGAUGCACAGCCACAUCUGAGGCCUUACUUCUGUGGCACAUGGUGACCGACACACACACACACACACACACACACACACACACACACACACACACACACACACACACACACACAAACAGAGGAUCUGAUUUGUUGUUGCAUGGUUGGGAGUUUUCUACUUACAAGCUGAUGCAAUAUAGCUAAAACUUUUGAAAGUGUUCACACACACACACACACACACACACACACACACACACACACACACACACACACACUCACUCAGAGAGCUGCUGCGCUUCCAGCCCAGGCCUGCAGGGGGUAGCGGCAAAAUACAAACAAAUCAAUCCUUCCACAAAACACUGUGGUGAUGCUAGCGACCACCAGCGGAACUCAUUUCUACUGUAAACCACAAGGUCUCGUCCGACUCCGCCAUUUUUACCGAAGUGUGCGAGUGUGUGUGGGUGUGUGUGCGUGUGGAGAAACGUUCUCCGACUCCUCGACAUGCUUCGCUUUUUUGUCCGACCGAGGAAACUAUCAGAAAUAUCUCCGGGGUGCUUUCUUCUUCUUCCUCUUCCUUCUUAUUUCCUUCCCUUCCUAUUUCCUUGCUCAGGCUAGCAUUAAGCCUGUAUGAUUAGCGCUGUCUUUAUUUAAGCGAGGCAUGCUUCCACCGACGUGGCAGAACCUUUUGAGGAACUAAACCAGUUGUAGAACUAAUCGGAAACUGAACUUUGCAAGUUCCCGGUGAAAGUUCUCGUUUAAAUCCUAAAUACUAAAAUCUGCCUCGGUUCCUCUCAUAGAAAUGUGCCUAAUGUUUCUAAUGUUCCUCAAAUGUUCUUGGGUUCCUGUGGUGGAAACACGCCCAAAGUUUCAGAAGGUUUCUGCAGUGGAAAUGCAGCUAUAGUUCCUCAAAUUUUCCAAAAGUCUAAAUGUGGCUAAACUUCCUGGAUUGC